CUUUAAUAUUAUUUUUAAUUGCAAAUUAAAUUAACAUAAAUUUUAAAUAUUUAUGAAAGAAUGGAUAAAAGUAGUGUGGUGGAGACAAAUGUAGAUGAUCCUCUAAAUUCUAAAGAAAAAGAAAAAUGUGAUUCAAAUGUACGAACACAGAUCUUUCAUAAGGAAUAUCAAAUAUUAGCUGAAUACAAAUUGAUACAAAAUGAAAAUAUUACGAAUACAUACGUUAUUCCUUCCUUUGAAAGCUCAUUUUUGUGGUUUGGAGUUAUAUUUUUACAUGAAGGAUUUUAUGCAGAAGCUGUAUUUAGAUUUAAUAUAAUAAUACCAGAAACAUUUCCUGAUAGUGGGGUCCCAACUGUGAUAUUCCAAAAUAAAGUAUACCACCCACACAUCAAUGAAAAUACUGGCGUGUUAGAUCUCUCUAUAGGAUUUUCCAAUUGGAAAUUUUCGGAUAAUCACAUUUGGCAACUGUUAAAGUAUAUAAAAUGGGUAUUUCAUAAUGCAGAUGCCAAUCCCAGAAAUGAAAUUUUAAAUAAAGAAGCUUUUGAAUUAUUACACAGCAACAGAUCAGAAUUUACAGAUAAAGUAAAAUUAUGUGUGCAGGCAAGUAUAGAAGCCAUAUAUGAUCCACCACCUACUACUGAUAAACAUUAUAUAGCAUUUGAAAAAUACAAUGAAGCAAUACAUGAGCCAUUACGAGAGAUGCUUAGGAAUGAUGAAAGCAAAUCAUUACCAGGGACGUUAACAGAUAAUAGAUCUAGCGGUAAUUUAGGUCUGUCUUGGAUUGAAAAAGGAUCUUUCACACCUCUUUCUAAAAACAAUUCAGAUGAAUCGACAUAGCAGAU